UAGAGCUUCACUUACGUCGUGAGCGCAGUGGCUCCUUGUAAUGGCGACCGUGCCGCGGAUGCGCCCAAGCUCUCUCUCUGUGAAAAUGGAGCGAAGAAGAAGUUAUUUCCACUGAUUUGCCAAGGAGGAGGACUUCUCCGCGCCCCCGCUGACGUGCUCGACUUCGCCGCUGCUUUUUAGUGUUGUUGUUGGGGGGAACGUCUGCGCCUCCCAACCUCCGCCCCGCGAUGAUGAAGCUCAAGUCCAACCAGACCCGAACGUACGACGGGGACGGCUACAAGAAGCGGGCUGCCUGCCUGUGUUUCCGGAGCGAAUUGGAGGAGCAGGUGCUGCUGGUGAGCAGCAGCAGACAUCCCGACAAGUGGAUCGUUCCCGGAGGGGGCAUGGAACCCGAGGAGGAGCCCAACGUCGCCGCUGCCCGGGAAGUGUGCGAAGAGGCGGGGGUGAAAGGAACGUUGGGUCGCUUGGUGGGCGUGUUUGAGAACCAGGAGAGGAAACACAGAACCUUCGUGUACGUUCUGAUCGUGACUGAAGUUCUAGAAGACUGGGAGGACUCGCUCAACAUUGGGAGAAAAAGGGAGUGGUUUAAAAUCCAGGAUGCGGUAGAACUGUUGCGCUGUCACAAGCCUGUGCAGGCUACCUACUUCCAGGCCCUCCAGGAGACCUGCCCCACCAGCAACGGGACCCCUCUGGUGGCCACGAUAAGCGGGGACCUGUCCCCCACCUACACCCUCACCCAGAGCUCCGUCUCAGAUGUCAGAUAACUAAAAACCUUUUUCUUCUGCUCUGCCUUGCCAACUCUGCCGUGCUAUGACGGCACAGACUGCAUGAAAGCCCCCCCCCGGCCCUACGGACGCACCUCACCUUUUUACCGUCAUGUAAAUGUGUGUAUCUAAUGCUUUCCAACAGCCUUCAUUUUCUUUCCCCGGCCACACCUCUCUUUUUGGACGGUCACGCGUAUACAGUCUGGAACAAUCACUCGGCGGGGGAGUGACAGAAUGUCAACAUUUCAGCGUUUCCUCCCACUUCCUGUCCGUUUUUCUUCGAUUGUUUACAACCCCCCGGUAGCGUUGAAUCCACACCCCUCCCGGAAACUUCACCAGUCCGAGCACAAAGAAGCCUUGAACACUUUGUUGUCCACACCUUCUUUCUGUCGGUAUGCCGGCGGCGUUAUAUACUGUGAAACUGUAGGAGAGGACUCCUUGUAAAUUAUUUCUGUAUAGAUUAACCGUAAAAGGACCGUCUUUCAACCCCCCCGGGGAGUGAGAAUCCUGCGAACAUGCGAGACGGAUCCUUUUUGAAGUCCGCGGUCCGACGCGGGACUGAUUUCUUUCUGGACCACGGUCCUCCCAGCUGUGACCAGAUGUUGUGUGCGUGAAAUGGAUGGUGGCAAUGUAAUAAACGGCGGAUCUUCUGUCACCACCCCGGCUGGUUGGAGGGAUCCCUUUUUUUUGGGAAGUUGCUGACUGUGCAAGAGGGUUUUUCCUUAUUAUUCUAACGACUGAAUCCAAGAGACUUCCUCAACCAGUUAAAAAGAACCUUGAGGAGUCUUUAUUUUUAUUGGCGCCUAUCAGAAAAGGCCAAAGUCUGGUUUUACGACGGUCUUUCAAGGAGUCUAGAUGUGACUGUGGAGGGCGUUGACCUCGUCUUAUCAGAUACUUGGUCCUGGUCUAACACUACUUUGUGCUUGAUUUGAGUUGUCUGCUUUAAAAAGGACGUCCUUGACUCCCAAGUGACCACGGUAUACAAGUGGACUGUAGUAGCAACGUUCAUUUGAAGGUGUCCACUUUGACUCCCAAGUGACCACGGUCUACAAGUGGACGGUACUAGCAACGUUCAGUUGAAGGUAUCCACUCUGGAGUCAGAAGGCUGGCAAGUGGCUCCAUCUGGUGGUCGAGUUGACCACGUGCAGCCCACCUGAACAUUGAUUGGCUCCAUAAAAAAUAUAUUUCUCCCAGCCAAUGACCUCAGAUCGGAAGCAACAUCCUCACACUUGUUGGACACUGAGAGGGUUCUAGAAUAAAGCUCAGCGCAGGACUGAAGAUUGUAAUAUAAAUGUGCCAACAAUAAACACCAGUAUUUCACGUA